GCAAGAGCGACAUUCGCUUACUUUUCGUGUUUCCAACUCCUGAGGAGGAAAAACUGAGGGAGGGGCCAUAUAAUUGGGAAAUUUAGCCGGAUGCAAUAAUCAGAAAAUUCCAACAUGGCGGAAGGGAAAGGAACGGGGAGCCUAGUUUCUCAAACUGACAAAGGUUUAAAAUCAGCAAACUUGACCAAUCGUACGGAGGAUGAGAAAGAAGGGGUGAUCCACAGUGACAAAUCGCCUCGCCACCACAAGGAGACGCAUGGGACAAGCGAUGACAUUGACCAGAGCACUCCGGUUGAUGAAGUCAAAGGACCUAGUGUUUUUCAUCGUGUGAAGGAGGAGAUUGAAGCUGUGGUUGAAGCAGUUCUUCCUAAGAAAUAGUUCUUUUGUGCUCUCUCUUGCUUCACUGUUAGUCAUCAGAAUUCCUUAAUGCCUUAGACAUUUACUGGCUAUAGCCAUCGGCCGACUAUGUUCUUGGACGCCAAGUGCUUGUCUAGCAUACUUUCUUUUUUCUAAUAUAUGGAAGUUUCUGAGCUUUUCCGGUUGGAUUCUUGGAAGUUUGACUAUGUAAGUUUUCAAACAUGGGUGCCGCCGGUAUCUGCUACUCGGAGCACGACUUGUGAACUGCA